UGUGGGUAAGCAAUAUACGGUAUGUGCACAUAUGAAAAUAAUUAAUGUGUUAGUGGGAUGACUCAAUUCCCUUUAUAAAUUGAUCAAGUUCAAUGAUUUUAUUAACUUCAUUAUCUCUUUUUUUUAUUUAAUAUGUCAAAUUUCUAGCUCAUAAUUCCACUAAGUCAUCAUUUUCUCUUAUUUUUCAUUUACAACGUUUUAUCAACCAAAAAAACAAAAAACACAAACAAUAAAAUAAAAUGGUGGGAACUUGAUUAGUAAUUAGUUAAUUAUAUACUCUUCAAUUAAUUAAAUUAGUGGAAUCCCUAGGAUUCGAAAACUCGAAGCCGUGUUAUAUUUUUCUUAGAACUUCAUAUUUUCAUGCACCCAAACUUUAUAGUUCCUAUAUUAUAAAUAGGUGCAUAUUUUGCAUGGCUUACUGCCAUUUACCAACUAGUUGAAAUCACUAAGGAGAGAAAAGGAAAUAAAAAGAUAGUGAUUUCACAACAAUGGCAUCUAUGGCAAAGGUUUGGAGUCGAGCUAGACCGUACGUGGCCGUCAUCUUUAUGCAAUUCGGGAUCGCCGGGCUAGCUAUAAUAGCUAAGUCUGCCCUUAACAAUGGAAUGAGUAAUUACUCGUUCGUUGUUUAUAGGCAAGCUGUGGCUGCCGUUGUCAUCUCUCCUUUCGCCUUUGUACUUGAAAGGAAGGUAAGGCCGCAAAUGACCCUCUCCAUUUUCAUCAAGAUACUAGGUCUUGGUUUGCUAGAGCCAGUAAUCGAUCAAAACCUCUACUAUGCGGGGAUGAAGUACACAACAGCUACCUUUGUUAGUGCAUUAAGCAACACCGUCCCAGCCCUAACGUUUCUAUUAGCUUGGAUGUUUAGGUUCGAAGUAGUGAAUAAGAAAGUUCCGAGCUUAGCGAAGGUCGGUGGAACGAUAGUGACGAUUGGAGGUGCAACAAUAAUGACUCUUGUAAAAGGUCCAGGGCUUAAUAUGCCAUGGAGUAACGGAAGUUACAAUCAUCAUGUUGUUAAAACUGUUUAUCAUCAAAAUCCUAUAAAGGGUGCAAUUAUGAUCACUUCUGGUUGUAUGGGUUGGGCAGGCUUUGUUAUUCUACAAGCUAUAACACUAAAAUCAUACCCGGCAGAAAUGUCCUUAACGGCACUGAUGUGUUUUGCGGGUGCAAUAGAAGGUACUAUUGUAGCAUUUGUUGCCGAACGAAACACUUCCAUUUGGGCGCUUGAUUGGGAUUCUAAGUUAUUUGCCUAUAUCUACAGUGGGGUUAUAUGUUCGGGAAUUGGAUUUUACUUACAAGGGAAAAUAAUGAAGGAAAAAGGACCGGUUUUUGUGACCGCUUUUAAUCCUUUAAGUAUGGUUAUCGUCGCCUUCCUUGGCUCCUUUGUUCUAGCUGAACAACUUACUUUGGGGAGGAUAGCCGGAGCAAUUGUAAUAGUUAUGGGUUUAUACAUAGUGAUAUGGGGGAAAAGCAAAGAUGAAAAAGAGCAAACUUUACCAAUUAUUGAAUCACCAGACUCCACAAUAAGCACAAUUACAGACAAUGCAAAUGUUGCUAAUGAUCUCGGUAUCAUUAAAGAGACUCCUAAUGAAGCUUAGAGGAUGAUUAAGAAUAAAAUUCGCGGCAUGACACCAUAAUUUUUGUGUAUUUUUUCCUUUCUUUAUACGUUUAGUAUACUUGCAGUUUUCGUAUUUGUCAGGAUCGAUAUAUGUUAUGUCACUAGUGAUAAAAAUUUUGUCAAACCAUAUCAAUAUUAAACUUAUUUGCUCACA